UAUGGUAUUCCAACAACUUUACACUCUGACCAAGGAGCCAAUUUCGAAUCACAGAUAAUCAAAGAGCUCUGCAAAUUAACCAAUACAAAGAAAACUCAUACUUCUAUUUACCAUCCUCAAGGAAACGGAACUCCAGAAAGAUUUAAUAGAACAUUACUAGGCAUGCUUGGAACAUUAGAGAAUGAUCAGAAGAAACAUUGGACUGAUUACAUUAAGCAUCUGGUAUUUUGCUACAAUUGUACUCCACACGAAUCGACAAGAGUAUCACCUUUCGAAUUAAUGUUCGGACGUAAAGCAAAAUUACCCAUGGACACCAAGUUUGAACAAGUAACAUCAGAAUUCAAGACCAAAGAAACCAAAGAUUACAUUGAACAUUUAAAGAUGAGAAUGAAGAGGACAAGAGAAAUAGUUGAACAGUAUGUAGAAAAUGCCAAAGGUAAGCAAAAGAAGUAUUAUGACAUGAAAGCUCGAGCAGCAAGAGUUCAAGUAGGGGAUAAGGUUCUUGUAAAAAUCCUAUCCCAUACUGAAGGAAAACACAAACUGGUAGAUAAGUUUGAAGAGGAAGUUUUUACUGUCCUAGAACAAGUAAAUGACCAUAUACCAGUCUAUCGUGUCAGGUCAGAAUCAGGUAAGGAGAAAACUCUGCACAGGAAUCAUCUGCGCCUGUUGGUUAAUCAGGAUGAAGCAGAAGAGUUCCGGGAUAAUCAGGAGACUACUUCAGGUAACAGCAUACCUGUAGACGUAGCAGAAGAAGAAGUAGAAGAAUUAUCAGACAAGAAGACCAUGGAUGCAUCCAAAGAAGUAGAAAAGAUGGAAGACGAUGAUGAGGAUGAGUCUGAUGCAGGAGAUCUUGUAUAUUUUUCAAGAGGUGGGGACGCCCAUAUCCUAGCUGACGACAUAGAUAUGUCUAGAGAAGAAUCAAGGACGGAAAACAUAGAUAUGUCUAGAGAAGAAUCAAGGACGGAAAACAUAGAUAUGUCUACAGAAGAAUUGAGGAUAGAAGACAGAGAUGAUAUUUCUAGUGAAGUUCCCGGAGAACAACGAAACGAAGAUAGGGAAGAAUUAAUACAAGCAGAGGAUAGAGUAGAUGACGUUGUUGAAGAUGUUCCUGAAUCUACAGCAGGGAAUGAAGAAGAGAACAACGAAGAAGAGAUGCCUGAAAACGUACCUCAUCAAGUAGAUUUGUCGCAAGAAGCUGACAUCACUGAAGAACCAGACAUUACUGAAUACCCUAUACAAGAUCAAGAUGAAGAAAUUGAAGUCCCUAUAGAAAUGGAUGAAGCACAACCGAUAAGGACAGAGACGUCUACAUCGGAUACUAGAGCUCCAACACCAAAACCAAGACAAUCUGUCAGAGAGAGACGACCUCCGGAUCGGUAUAAGGAUUACCAGAUGAAUGCUUGUGUGGUACCAAGACCACAAGAUGCCAGGUUUGAGGCAUUAAAUAAAUUGAUUGCCUCAGGUGUUUUAAAUCAAUUAGACAGUAAGACAGCUGGACGUAUGGUUUCUAGUAUUUUUCAAUGAAAUUUUCAUUAAAAAAUUUGUUUUAACAUAUUUUAAACAAUAUUGUGUAUGUAUUUUGUGUGUAUUUUAUAUCAGAUGUUGUUUUUUUUUUGCAAGGUUCGGGCAGUAUUAUUCUGAUUAAUAAUUAUCAGAAAGAGUUAUCUCUGAAAUAAAUUUCAGUGAGUUUUCAUGCGAGUGACGUGAUGUUAUUUUUGUAACUUUCUUAUUAACAAUGUGAAUUGCUGAUAUUGCAUAUAGUAUCAAUUGAUUUUUUUUAAUGUAUUAUUUUAAUGUGAGGACACAGUUCUGAAGAGCAGGAGGAAAAGAGUCAGAAUCAUAUUUAUACAUUUAUGUAAGGUAAGUAUGUAUCAGUUAUUCAGUAGUAUAACUAGUGGAUGUAGUUUCGAUAAAGUAUGUUGUUCUUGCUUGUACAAUGCUGUUAUUAUAAACAGUAUAGUGAGAUAGAUAGGUAUUGUAUCUAUUUUGUAUAGAAAGGUUAUUUGUUGACGGACGAUUCUGUUUUUACUGUGACAUGACAAUUUUGUUUUCUUCUUGGUUUGUUAUGAUGAGGACAUCAUUUUUCGGGCCAGGGAAGUCUGUAACAGGGUUGAAAUAUUCAUUUCACGGAUUCUGUUCAUGUGUUCUGUUUUAAAUGUUAUUAUUUCCAUAUAACGCAUUGUGUUUACCUGGGUUACUUAUUAAGCUGUGCUCCUGUGGCCAGUCUUAGAGUUAAAGUCAGUCAAGCAUGUGAGUUACACAUGUCCAGUUUAUAUAAUUGUUCAGUCAGGCUUGACCAGUUAUUUUCCCGCCCUUUCCUUUGUCUUCUGGUCACUUCUAACUUGAACACAGAGCUGUACACGUCUACUUUUAAGAUGUACAUUUAUAGUACAGAGUUGCCAUUACUUCAAUAUAAGGUUAGUUCUAUUUCUACCUGUUUGCAUUUACUCUUUCUUGUAUUUGCAUUGAGUUGUAUUUAUGUUGUGAGUUGAUAUAACUCAUAUUUGAUAAGUAAUUAGGUUAAAUUCAGAAAAGCAGCAUUGCCAUCCUAAACGUGCUAACGAUUCCUAUAAUUCACAGUUUCCCAUACUCUUCACAUGUAUAAUCUUAUUUGCAGCAGUAGCACAGCACCCGCAGAGAAUUGUAUACGAUUGAGAGAGAGUUCCGUACACAUUCCACAAAUGUGACAUGGAAUUCGUAUAAUAAUAAAGACGAAUACAACAUA